AUGGAGAAAAUUUGCUUCCUCGUUGCUGCUGUUGCAGUGUUAUCAGUGAACUGCUUUGCUCUUUACUCAAAUACAGAUGAAGAAGCACUUCUUGCCUUCAAAACCCGAAUCACUUCAGACCCUUAUGGCAUCUUGGCCGAUAACUGGUCGAAUACUGCAUCAAUUUGCAACUGGGUUGGUGUUUCUUGCAGCAGAAGUCAGCAAAGAGUCACAGCCUUAAAUUUUUCGGGGUUUGGCUUCACAGGCACCAUUUCUCCACAUCUUGGAAAUUUAACGUUUCUCCGUUCUUUAGAUAUCAGCACCAACGAUUUUCACGGGAUAAUACCCCCCGAGCUAUCCAAUUUGCUACGUUUAGAGAAGAUAAACGUGGGAUUUAACAGCUUCAUUGGAGAGGUUCCUUCAUGGUUUGGAACCUUACCCGAACUUCAGCAUAUUCUUCUGCGUAACAAUAGUUUCACAGGCGGCAUCCCGCCAUCUUUAUGCAACAAUUCAAAGGUACGAAUACUGGAGAUGGGUUACAAUUUCAUAAACGGAAAUAUUCCACAAGAGAUUGGGAAUCUUUCUGCCCUCGAAGUAUUAUAUUUAAGGUUUAACCAGCUUACGGGGUCCAUACCUUUUGGUAUCUUCAACAUAUCUUCUCUGAAAGCACUUGAUCUCACGCAUAAUAGCCUGUCAGGAAUGCUUCCGGAGAAUACAUGCGAUAGUGUCCCGAAAUUGACCGGACUCUAUCUCUCGAACAAUCUACUCUAUGGGCAAAUUCCAUCAAAGAUAUACAAGUGCAGGUACCUCGAGGACCUAUCAUUAUCCUACAAUCAUUUCAAUGGAACCAUACCAAGUGCAAUUGGCAGCUUGACCAUGCUCAGGAGGUUGUUUCUGGGGAUAAACAACUUUGAAGGUAUGAUCGCAUAA